AUGAGUCAAGUUGACAAAACUUUACAAAUCAAAUUAAAUUGUAUUGAAGUGUUUAUCAGAUUUCGAAAGUGCCAAAUGUUCAUUCAUUCAUUAUGUUUAUUAUGUAAAAUAAUAAUCAUUUCAAUAACAGUAAUAAUUCCUGAAUGUUUUUGUCUUAUGGGAAGUCCUCCAACAAAUUUACCGGAAUGUUUGAACUCUGGAACAAGAACCACUAUUAAUGAACGUUACAGUUGUUCAUGUAUAGAUUCUUAUAUGAAUCGACAAUGUAAACUUCUGUCGAUUAAUGUUGCCAAUACUCCAAUAGAAAUGCCUUUCACUAGUUUUUAUAUUAAUACAACAAUUCAACAAACUGUACAUAUUGGUUUUCAAUUUAUCACUUCAGACAACAGUGGAAAUGGUACACUGUUUACACUUAGAAAUAUGAAUACUACAUUUUUUCUGAAUACACAGGUUAAUGGCGAAUGGAAUCUAGUCUUAUUGAUAGAUCGUUGUAAAUAUUCUGAGUUAGGACCGUGUAUGGUGAAUGAUACAAUAAUUUUAUCAGUGAAUACAAUACAAAUAGGAGGUUAUAUUCUAAUAGGUGAUGAAUCUGGUCCAUCUACAGAGAGAUUUAGAGGAUGUUUUGAUAAUGUUAUGGUGAAUAGAGAGUUGAUCGAUUUCUACCCGGUACUUUUAUCGCAAGGUUCUCGGCGUGGUUGUCCAGACUCUCAGAAAGGUUGUGUAAGAGGUAAUGUAAAAUUAUGUGGAAAGUAUGGGAAAUGUCGAAAUGCAAUAAGUUCCACCGAUAUACUGACUUGUCAAUGUGAAUUAGGUUAUCGACCUAAUAUAACAGGUGCACCGAAACCACAUAGAUGGCCAUGUGAAACUGUUUCUGAUGGCUGGUCUACAACCAAUGUAGUUUACAAUGCAUUAUUCACUGAUAAAGUUCCGAAUCGUUUACGAUUGAGCAUAAGAACAAGAACUCAAACAUUUAUGGUUUUUGCAGUUGGUGCGUGGAAACUUUCCAUAAGUGUUUCAAAUGGAAUACCUGAACUACGUUUUGAUAAUAUUGUAAUUACGUUAAGUUCACUAAACAUUUCGGAUGGAAAUUGGCAUGUCUUUGAAGUUACAUUUACAUCAAGAUUUUUAGAUUUUCAGGUCGAUGAACUAGAUAAAAUAUAUUAUGAUUCAAGAUAUUUUCCAGAGAAAUCAAUUUCAAGAGGUUCAGUUGAUAUAAUUAUUGCAAACGGAGCUAAAGACACAUGUCUGGAUGAUGCUUGGAUCGAUUUCCGUAAUAUAUGGCCUGAUUUUGAACAAGAUUAUCCAUUGGAAAUCAUUAGUAACCCAUCAUUUCAACGGUAUACAGACUGGGGUACAGUUGGCAGACAGUCAGGUUGUUCAAGUGGUCCUGGGUUUUGUAAUAGUUCAAAAAGUCUUUGUGAUAUUACCGCUUCUUGUAUAGAGGAAUGGAGAAGUUAUCGAUGCGAAUGCUUGAAUAACACAGUUAAAGAUGAUAAGGGUAAAUGUGUUCCAUCACAAUGUUAUCCAAACCCAUGUGUUAAUGGUGAAUGUCAUGUACUUAAUGGUGCUAGUAAUUUUACAUGUAUUUGUUAUGGAAUUUGGACUGGACCAUUAUGUAAUCAAGUUUCAAGCGUAAAUAUAGCUGGUCUAAGUUGGUGGUGGAUUCUACUUGUUGUUCUACUGCUGUUAGCGAUAUUGUUGGCAACAAUUUUUUUAAUUAUCUGUUGUCGCAAACGUCGUGCGAAGAAAAAAUCUAAUUUAAUUGAUUUUAACAAUGAACUGAGUGAUCAAAAGUUGGGUAUAGAUACUCAGAUGAAUGAUCCAUGGAGUACAGGUGAGAAAGAUUUCCAUGGACCGAUUGAUUAUUCAGUGUUAAAAGGAAAUAUUAAUUCUAACCCGUAUCAACUUACAACCAAUGAGUCCUAUCAGAGUAAUGGUUACUUACCAACAAGUAGAAAAUCAGACACAAAUGGAAGUAUAGAUAUACAAACAUUUCCUAGUGUUACUGCCCGAGCCUAUGGACAAAAAACUACAGAUAUACCACCAUGGGAGUCUUUUGAUCGUCAACCAAAUCCUGCAAUAAGAUUAGAUCAAGUAUUAGAAUAUGGAUAUGAAGGAUAUGAUGGUAGACCUCCACCAGAAUUCUGUCCAACUGAACCUGUUGUAUCAACAUCUUAUGAUGAUUAUAUUGGUGAUGAUGGAGAUCUUAAUAUAGAAAAUGUUCAACAAUCAAUAAAACAACCCAUAACCAAUGGAAAACUGAAUACUUUAAACAAAUAA